GAGGGGCAGUAGAAUCCAGGAAGGAGAACCAGAAACGCUGUUUCAUACAGAGAGUGAUGAAAAUGUGGAACUGGCAGCCAGAGGAUGCCGUGAUGGCCACAGGAACAAACAGCUUUAAAAGACGACUAUGACCGAACCGGAGGACUUCGCCGGCUUAGCUGGACACUGGAACGACUCUGACACUUCCCAAUUCAGCCCGGCGAGUGUCGUCGUCCCGGUGAUCUUCUCCCUCAUCUUUCUGCUGGGCGUGGUGGGCAACAGCCUGGUCUUGGCCGUGCUGCUAAGGAAUGGGCAGAUGGGCCACAACAGCACCAACCUCUUCAUCCUCAACCUCGGCUUGGCCGACUUCUUCUUCAUCAUCUUCUGCGUGCCCUUCCAGGCCACCAUCUACUCCUUGGAGGGCUGGGUCUUUGGCUCCUUCAUGUGCAAGGCCGUCCACUUCUUCAUCUACCUCACCAUGUACGCAAGCAGCUUCACGCUAGCUGCCGUCUCCGUGGACAGAUACCUGGCCAUCCGCUACCCGCUACGCUCUCGGGAGCUGCGCACCCCCUGCAACGCGGUGGCAGCCAUGGCUGUCAUCUGGGGCCUCUCCGUGGUCUUCUCCGGGCCUUACCUCAGCUACUACGACCUGAUCGAGUGGGAGUCCAGCUACAUCUGUGUCCCCGGGUGGGAAGAAUGGAGGCGGAAGAUCAUGGACACCAGCACUUUUGCCUUCGGCUACAUGAUCCCGGUCUUGAUCGUCAGCCUCUCGUACACCAGGACAAUUAAAUACCUGUGGACGGCCGUGGACCCUGUGGAGGACAUGUCCGAGUCCAAGAAGGCCAAGCGCAAGGUCACAAAGAUGAUCAUCAUUGUGACUGUCCUCUUCUGCCUGUGUUGGCUGCCCUACCACGUCGUCGUGCUCCGCUACCUCUACGGAGACUUCCCCUUCAACCAGACGACCUACGCCUUCCGGCUGCUCUCCCACUGCAUGGCCUACGCCAACUCCUGCCUCAACCCCAUCGUCUACGCUCUGGUCUCCAAGCACUUCCGCAAGGGCUUCAAGAAGGUCUUCAGUUGCCUGCUGAGGAAGAAGGCCCGGAACAAGGUCCACGUUGUCCACGCUGCUCAGACGGUGCCCGGGUUCGAGGCAGGCUCCACCGAAGUGUCCCAGAUGAACGAAGACCACAACGGACGGCCGCAUGGGAGCGACGUGGAUCCUAGGCCCUUCAUGAUCCCCUCAGAGGCAGCGAGGGCCCCCCACGAGUCCUAAUCUCCGUUCGCGGAGGAUCCUGCGCUCUCCUACUGACCUAAGAGCUCUGCCCGAUGCAUUGGCCCGGGGGCAGAUGCCAAAGAUUGACGCAGGAACUUUAAAAGACCAUGUUAAAUACUGGGUUCAACAAAGAGGAGUUCAACCAGGAACAUGUUUUAUUAGCAACUACGUACUAAGAAAACAUGGCGGGGCCGAGACCCCCCCACAUUUCUGAUACCAAAUCACAGCAGUGAAGUUUCGCGCCAAGACCGCUCAUUGGUCGCUGCUUCGAGUUCAAAUCUAUCAAGAGACUCUAGCGUUUCCCGCGGUCGCCCGGGUCUGCGCAAAGCUUCCAGCGGAACAUUAAAUUCAGUACAUAAUAGACCA